GCGGUCAAAGCGAGGCGGCUACAAUGGCGGCGGCUAUGGCGCGCCUCGCUUGGGCGCGGUGGAGGCUCCUCGGGGCCUGGCCGGAGAGGUGAGUCUAUCCCCGCUCCCCAUCUUCCGUGCCCUCAGUGUCGGGGAGGGGAGCGGCUGCAUUUUGAUGUUGAAGCUGAAUGCAAACUAUGACACGUUCCUGGCAUCUGUAAAUAUUUUCCCACUGUCAAAUAUGUAUACAGGAUCAUCUCGAGAGAUCAUUGGAAAAUGGGAGAAGAAGAAUAGAGUUGUUUAUCCUCCACAGUUGCCAGGAGAGCCUCGAAGACCAGCAGUAAUAUACCACUGUCGAAGGGAAAUAAAAUACAGUAAGGACAAGAUGUGGUAUUUGGCAACACUGAUCAAGGGGAUGUCCAUCGAUCAGGCUCUUGCUCAGCUGCAGUUCAAUGACAAAAAGGGAGCAAAGGUGAUCAGAGAGGUUCUUUUAGAAGCUCAAGAACUGGCAGUGACAAAAUACAACGUAGAAUUCAAAUCAAAUUUAUACAUAGCCAAGUCCUUGACUGGAAAAGGCCAGUAUUUGAAAAAGAUCCGCUACCAUGGGAGAGGCAAGUUUGGCAUCAUGGAGAAAGUCAGGUGCCAUUACUUUGUGAAGUUGGUGGAAGGUCCUCCACCCCCUCCAGAGCCACCAAAGACUGGGUUUGAUCAAGCUAAGGAAUAUGUGCAGCAGCUCCGAAACAGAACUAUUAUUAAUGCACUGUAAUGCUCUACACCAGACAUUGUUGUACAUUCUUUACAGUUUUGGGAGGAAAAAUGCUUGUGAGUAUAUUUAAAAAAAAAUAAAUAAAUAAAUAAAA